AUGGCCAAUUUCUCGAUUCAAGAGUGCUUGCCAGAGCAUUUACCCCAGGUUCUUAAUAUCUACAACCAUUACGUCCGUCACACAAUCAUAACAUUCGACAUUGAAGAACAGCCACUCUCGUAUGUCCAAGGCACUUAUGAAUCGGUACAAGAAGCAAAACUGCCAUAUUUGGUCGCUCUCCUCCCUACUUCUUCACCCAUGGAAAAGGGCACAGUGAUGGGCUACACGUACGCGACCCAAUUCCGUCCUCGCCGCGCAUACGCCGCGUCAGUAGAGAUCUCCCUUUUCUGCCAUCCUGACUACAAAGGAAGAGGUUGCGGCAGCCGGCUCCUGGAAGCCCUCAUUCAAGCCUUGAGAGAGGUGCCGGUUUCAGAGGCGAGAGAAAAUGGGGUGAAGGAAAUGCUCGCGGUAUGCUCAUUGGAUCCAGCGAAUGAUGUGAGGGACUUCUAUAGGAAAUUGGGUUUCAAGGACAGGGGACAUUUGCGGAAUGUGGGGUGUAAAUUUGGGAAGUGGUGGGAUACUGCUUAUUCGCAGCUGAGUUUGCGGAGUGAGGAGGAGAAUAGAGACAUUGAAGACGGAAGGGAGACGGCCGGAAGGGUGUAG